CAUUUCAUUAAUGAAUUUUAAACAAAAUACCCAAGGCAACCCCGCCUGCAGCAUGGCGUCAACGCCGAAAUAAAUCUCUUAAACAUUUUGGAACCGGCGUGAAAGUUAUAUUGGUUAAAUACAUCAUUUAGUAGACAACUUGGCGAGAGAAAAGAGCCAUGGCGGGAGUUGAUCAACUAAAGAUGGAAGAACUAGACCAUGAAGCAUAUGAAUCAGAAAACCUUCAAGACACCAAUGACUUUACAGGAGAUAAUGGUGCUGGAGACACUGAUUCCAUGAUGGAAGAUCCCGAACUGGAAGCCAUCAAGGCUCGCGUAAGGGAAAUGGAAGAAGAAGCUGAGAAGCUGAAGAUGCUGCAAUCAGAGGUGGAAAAGCAAAUUAACAGUCCAACGGGUGUUGCAAGUUCACCCAAUAUGUCAGUCGAAGAAAAGAUAGAAGUGGAUGGCCGAUCAGUCUUUGUUGGAAAUGUUGACUAUGGGGCAACAGCAGAAGAAUUAGAACAGCAUUUCCAUGGCUGUGGUUCCAUUAACAGGGUUACCAUUUUAUGUAACAAAUGGGAUGGCCAGCCAAAGGGGUUCGCAUAUAUUGAGUUUGGAGACAAAGAUUCUGUUCAAACUGCCAUGGCGCUGGAUGAAUCUCUCUUUCGGGGCCGACAGAUCAAAGUCAUGUUAAAACGUACCAACAAGCCAGGAAUUAGUUCUAGCAACAGACCUCCAAGGGGUGCUAGAGGUCGUGGAGCGAGGGGAACUCGUGCGUUUCCUUCUUUCGGGUUCAGACCAAUGAGAAGACCUAGAGGUAGGAGGGCAGCAUUUUUCGCACCUUAUUAAACAAGACUUGCCGUCGUAUUUUUUUUUUUUUUGUCUGCCCAAGAUUUAACAAAGUUUCGUUUGAAAGCUGAUGAGAUGGGGAAGGGGUAUGAUUCGUGAAAAAUCAGUUCACCCGGGCUCCAUUUUUAAGGAAAUUCUGAUGCUGCUGAUGUCUCUUUUGUUGAAAUGGACUGAAGUGAGAACUGUUUUUAAAGGAAUUCUGCGUUCUGUACUUGACUGCUCGUUGGGAUCACGUGCGAUUGACAGAAUGGAUUAAUACAACUGUGGACAACUGUCAAAACAUUAAAGUCCAUUUUGACGAAAAA